CCAGUCCUGUCAUUCACAUUACUGAAGGAGAAAGACGGCAGCUCUCACUCUCUCCAUCUCCUUUCCUUUCCUUUCCUGCCUUUGUUUUUUAAGGACCAGCUGAAGGUAAGGACAACGUAGAUCAGUUAUCUGUAUGUAAUCUUUGCACAAAAUAGAGGGUGAGAUUGGUUAAUGACCUAUGCCUUGACUGUGUAUGUGUGUAUGUCCCUAAAGUAGGUUACACCUCUUUGUCCUCUGUGUGAUUGGGUAUGCUUUGUAUAGAACUCAUCAUUUUUGUGAGUGUGUGACACCUGCCAAUAUCAAUUCUGAGAAUGUAUCAACACGCACACACGCACACACACACACACCACACACACACACACACACAAUCACACAUGCACGCACACACACACUCAUUUGAGUAUAAAUUUUUCUCCAGGAUGUCUAAGACCCCGUCCACCACGUCUGCAGCCUCUGUAACCUCGGCAACGUCUGCAGCCUCUACAGACAGCAAAGGUGGUAAAUCCUCCCAGAAGUCCUCGUCCUCGGGUUCGGAGUCGGCUCCCAAGAAGGUGUCCAAGAAAGAACAGAAGAGACAGGACAUGGAGAAGAUACACACCACCCUGCUCUGCAGCGUGUUUGGAGCGGAGAGAGAGUUGGCUCAAGCAGAGUUGGAUGAGCUGGACUUUGCCUUCAAGGAGUUUGACUACGACUGCGAUGGCUACCUGAACUACAAGGACGUGGCAGAGUGCAUGAGGACCAUGGGCUACAUGCCCACUGAGAUGGAGCUGCUGGAGAUAGUACAACAGAUUAAGAUGAGGAUGGGCGGUCUUAUGGACUUUGAUGACUUCUGUGAGCUAAUGGGUCCCAGGAUAAUGGGGGAGACUGUUGACAUGCUGGGGCUGAAGGAGCUCAGAUCAGCCUUCUCUCAAUUUGACCAGGACUGUGAUGGGAAGAUCAGUCAGGAUGAGAUGAAGGAGGCGGUGAAGUGUUUUCUGGGGGAGAAACUGAAGAAAGGAGAGCUGGAGGAGAUCCUCAAGGAGAUUGACAUCAACGGAGACGGAAGCGUCGACUUUGACGAGUUCGUCAUGAUUCUGUCCAUUCGAUAAGCACUGGAAGACCUGAGGGGACGCUAUCGUUUCAAUGAAUCUUGGGAGACAAAGACGGAUUUAACCUUGUGUGUGUGUGCAUCUGUAUGUACUACAUAUACACUACAUAUAUACUACAUAAAUACAACAAAUGUACUACAUAUAUGUGUUUGUGUCUGUAGAUAUGCUACAAGAUCAUAUCCAUGCCUAACUAUGUACUGUGUAUAUCAUCAGCUCUAAGGAUGAGAUGCACUCCUCCUCUCCUGUUCUCUCCUCCUCUUCUCUACUCUACUCUUCUCCUCUCAUCUCCUGUUUUC